AUGGACAAAUUAAGCGUUAUUUCAGCGGCUUUAUUCUUGGCUGCCGACGUUUUUGCAAUCACGAGUCUCUGUAUGCCAUACUGGAUCAUUUCUGCAAAUAGUGGCAACAUAUACAUUGGCCUACUACAGACCUGCAUCAUAAUCUACAAUCGACAAAUGGAAUGUUUUACCCCUGACAACAUACAACCUGAAUUAGUGAUCACAUUUGUCUUAAUUUCAGGUGGCAUCAUUUGCAUAACCAUCACCAUAUGUUUUUUGAUAAUCUCAUGCUGGAGAUUCAAUGUUAUGAAGUAUGCUCGGUGGUUUGGCUUUGUUGCGAUGGUUAUGUUUUGUCUGGCAGCCAUCAUCUUUCCGAUCAGUUUCUACAUGGACCAAAUAGGUGGGGAGAUUUUUCAGUUACCUCCAAGUUUUCAUGUUGGAAUUGCUUAUAUAUUCUUUGUUCUUGCUCUCUGGAUAACCGUUGUUUCUGAAUUAUUUGCUGGUAAAGUCUGCCUACCACACUUUUGA